CUCAACAUGAGGCAAAGAAGGUGGCUUGAGCUAGUGAAAGACUAUGAUUGUGAGAUCCUUUAUCAUCCGGGGAAAGCCAACAAGGUAGCAGAUGCACUUAGUAGGAAGUCUUCUGCAACAGUAAUGUCCAUGAUGGUAAUGGAUCCAAGGCUGAGGAAGGAAAUUGAAGAUUUUGAGUUGGAGAUUGUAGGUGGGCGACUAGCAACUAUGACAGUGACUCCAUCAAUAUUUGAGGACAUGGCUAUGAAGCAAGAACUUGAUCCCGAGUUAGUUAAGUUGAAGGAGUGCGUCAAGGAGGGAAAAUGUCCUGAGUUUCGUUUGGAUGAGAAUGGGAGAUUAUUACUCCAAAACAGGUUGUGCAUCCCGGACAUCGAGGGGUUGAGGAAGCAGAUUAUGAAGGAGGCUCAUGAGACACCAUUCACUAUGCAUCCUGGUUCGACCAAGAUGUACCACGACUUGAAGG